AUGGCCUUCUCACAGCGUUUAACAUUGGUGACCUUCAGUGCUGUUUUGGUAAAUCUUUCCCUGUCUGUGGAGUGGAAGUGCUUGGACGGUUACCACUUAUCUAGUGAUAACUUCACGUGCUUUGACAUUGAUGAAUGCUUUGAAGGUGGACUGGGAACUUGUGGCCAGAUCUGUACCAACACCCCAGGGUCAUAUACCUGCUCCUGUCUGCCGGGAUACACGUUGGAGGGCAAUAAGUGGACUUGUCGUGCAGACUCUCCUCCACCAUACCUCAUCUUCAGCCAUGGCAAUGCACUAUUCAGGAUUGACAGGGAGGGAAUUAAUCACAAGCGGCUAGUGGCCAAUGCGGGGAUGUCAGUCCUCUUGGAUUUCCACUACAGGGAUGGAAGAAUCUAUUGGAUAGAUCAAGAGAAAGGAGAGAUACAAAGAGCGUUUCUAAAUGGCACAGAGAAGGAGAAUGUACGCCCUGUAGGGAAAGGUGUUCUGGGAUUUACAGUGGACUGGUUGCACAACAACUUAAUUUGGACGAAUCGAAAGAAAGGAACUAUUGAAGCAUCCAACAUGAAUGGAAAGAAUUCCAGGAUCUUGCUGAAUGAAUUAACGUUUCCCACUGUUCUAGUAGUGGAUCCAAAGAAAGGGUAUAUAUUUUGUGCUUCAGAAGGUUCUGCUCCAAGCAUUGAUCGUGCAACUCUAGAUGGGACUGAGAUCAUUACAAUUUUAAAGACUACUGAAAAUGUGAAGGCUUUAACAUUGGAUUUUAUUGACAGAAGGCUGUUCUGGGUUCAAAACAGCCCCGAGACUGCCUCCAGUAGCAUUGGCUCAUGUGAUUACAAUGGAGAUUCAGUUCAAGUCAUGAAACAAUCAAUGCAUCACCAGGCCUUUGGAAUAUCCCUCUUUGCUGAGCAUGUGUAUUAUUCAGAAUGGAAAACUGCUACUAUUCGGCGAGCAAACAAGUACACUGGGAAAGAUGUGGUUACCAUCAGCCUGAAACCUUCCUUUUUGCCUCCAGCCGAUAUCAAAAUUGUGCAUCAUUUCUCUCAGCCAACAGCGCCGUCGGACUCUCAAUUAAUAGAAAAAGAUAAAUGCAAUCCUACCAAACAAGACUGCAACAACAUUUGCAAAAGAAACCCAGUGGAAAACCGUUGUGAGUGUGAGGACGGUUAUAUCCUCAGUCAAGACGGGAAAGUGUGUCAAGAUGUCAAUGAAUGUUCAUUCUGGAACCAUGGGUGCACACUGGGCUGUGAGAACUCGCCAGGCUCUUAUUACUGUAACUGUCCAGAAGGGUUUGUACUCCUGCCUGAUAGGAAAACCUGCCACAUUCCUGUUCCUUGUUCGAAAAAUGCUGACUGCAGCCAUGAUUGCACCCAGACAUCUGAAGGACCAACCUGCCUCUGUCCACAGGGAUCUGUUUUAGGACCUGAUGGAAAAAUAUGUUCAGGUUGCACCUCGCUAGAUAAUGGUGGUUGUAGCCAAAUCUGUGUCCUACAAGAUCCAGUGUCUUGGGUUUGUGAGUGUCUGCCUGGUUACCAGCUGCAGCCAGAUGGGAAGCACUGUAGUGCCUCAGGUCCCAGUCCAUUUUUGCUAUUUGCAAAUAUUCAGGAUAUCCGACGCAUCAACUUUGAUGGGACAGAUUACAACACUGUGCUAGACAGACAGAUGGGAAGAGUCUUAGCACUUGACUAUGACCCUGUGGAAAGUAAGGUUUAUUUUGCUCACACGGGUUUGAAGUGGAUAGAAAGAUCUAAUCUCGAUGGUUCUGAGCGUGAGGAACUUAUUAUCGAUGGUACGGACUUGCCUGAAGGGCUGGCUGUGGACUGGAUUAACCGCAAAUUGUACUGGACUGACAGAGGGUUAUUACGCAUUGAAAGGAGUGAGCUCAAUGGCGUGCACAGAGAAGUGAUCGUCAGUGAAGGUCUUAACAAGCCCAGGGGAAUCGCUGUCCAUCCAAUGGCUAAGAAACUGUUCUGGACAGAUUAUGGAAAUAAGCCUCGAAUAGAAAGUUCUUCACUAGAAGGUGGUGAUCGUUUGAUUAUCAUCAAAACCAAUAUCGUGUGGCCCAAAGGAAUAACCAUAGACUAUCUAUCAGACAAGCUAUACUGGUGUGAUGCAAAAUUGUCUGUCAUUGAAGUAGCCGAUCUGAAUGGCUUCAAUCGCCGGAUACUUGCGCAGAAUGAAGUAGGUCGACCAUUUGAUGUUGUGGUAUUUGAAGAUCAUGUUUGGUUUACAGAUUGGGGUAAACCUUCACUCAUGAGGCUGGAUAAGUGGACAGGUCAGAACAGAGUCCGACUUCAGGGUGGUAUGCUCCGACCUUCCUCUGUGGUUGUGGUUCAUCCAAUGGCCAAACCAGGUGCUGAUCCAUGCCUAUAUAAGAACGGUGGAUGUGAACAGAUCUGUGAGAAUAGGUCUGGACUUGCCUAUUGUUUGUGCCAUAAUGGUUUCCAAAAGAGAAUAGAUGGAAAGUCUUGUCAAGAUGUUAAGCAUUCACCAACACAAGUAUCCAGAGUUACAUCGUCACACAAGAUAAACUUGUUUCUAACUGCAACAUUACAAAAUGAGAAUAUUUUACCUACGCGUCCCAGCAUCUCCACUACCAGUAACAGUGAGGAUGAAAUCACUGCUGAACACCAUCCAAAGGCCAUACUUGUAGCAGAGAUAAUGGUAUCAGAUCAAGAUGACUGCGGAGCACUUGAAUGUGAUGUCAACGCUCAAUGCAUCACAUCCGAAGGAACUGCUACAUGCCAAUGUCUGGUGGGAUUUACUGGAGAUGGCAAAGUUUGCGAUGAUGUGAAUGAAUGUGUCCUAAGCUUUGCUCUUUGCAGUGAACAUCUGGCUGACUGCAUCAACACAGAGGGCAGCUACGUUUGCAAAUGCUAUCCUGGCUAUAGCGGGGAUGGGAUUGUCUGUUAUGAUAUCGAUGAAUGCAAAGCUCAGUUACACCAUUGUGAUGAAGAUGUUAUGUGCGAAAAUACAGACGGUAACUACACCUGCAAAUGCAAGAAAGGAUUUUCUAGGAUGGGUUCCAAUUGUGUUGGUGUGACCGUCUCCACCUCUCCUACCUCUGCACCCAAUGGUUUGAUGGGGACAAGUAUCACAAGCACCACAUUUGAAGCCAGCACUGAUGGGUCCAAUGAUCAAAUAGUGGACUGUCCAUCUUCACACCAGGACUUUUGUCUGAACGGCGGUGUUUGCUUCCAUGUACCUGAAAUAAGAGCCCUUGCAUGCAAUUGUCUGGCAGGUUUCCUGGGAGAGCGGUGUGAGUACAGUGAGUUGGAGUGGUGGGAGCUACACCAUGUUGAGGAAGAGAAGAAACGCAAUGUGGCCAUUGCUGCAUGCAUGAUGGUUCUCAUCUGCCUUGUCUCUGUGGGAGCCUGUGCUACAUACUGCUAUAGGCAACAGAAAUAUUUACAGAGCAAGCCGUAUUCAGAAGAAAUGAGUGAAACCAGCACCAGUAGUGUCAACACUGUGCCUGAAACAUGUGCAAACAGUGAGCAGCAGGUCAUUUCACUGCCACACGAAGACCAGAGUAAAACAAGAUGAGUUAAGCAAUACGGAAAAGGAACAAGACAUUUUAACAGUGCAGAAAGACCAUUUGUCUCAUCAAGCUCACUUCUUUAUGACUCAGACUUCUGGAUGAAAUAUUCCAGACUGUCGCCAUUUCCUUGCUCUUCACAGUAUUGGAAGACAGGAUUCCAAGGAUUACCAAAAGCCCACUUUGGAUGAAAUGUCUAUGUUGGAGUUUGGUGGUAUACAAAAUGUUACAUUUUACGGGUGAAGGAGCCUGCAGCAGUUAUAACGGUACAGCUAUUCGGGAUCCAAACAUAAUGCCAUUACCAUAACUGAAUGCUUUCAUUCUAGUUCUACAGGAUAUAAGUUGUGUAUCAUGCUGUCAUUUGUCUGCACAAUUUUCAGUAUUAAACUGUAACAGUUUCUCAUUCAGAAUUAUAAAUAUUAGGAAAAAGAAGCAUUUAGAAAACACAGAACUGAAAAGUUCAGCCAUGCCAGGAGCAUAUUGGUGUUGAAAGAAUAAUUUGUAUUUGAGUGAUAAAAUAGAUCAACAGAGGAAAAAACGUGACUUUAUUUUAGGAAAUGUCAUAAAUUGUUUUAACCAGUUGACGAUGGGGGUUUAAAAUGCAUUCAUUUCUAAUUGGGAUUUUUACUCCCGAGCCCUGCGCUUGGAAUAAAUCACGUCAGAGCACGGUGCCUCAGGUCCCUUUAUGUAUUGAUAGUAAAUGGAAGAAGCCCUCAUUUGUAACUCAAAUGCCUUAUUAAGAAAUCCCAUGAGAAAAAUAGAUGCUUUUUAAACCCCAAUAUCAGGAGAAUACAUGUACCAUAACAGAGGACCAAGUCCAAGAAACUGUGAUGAUUCUUUGUAAUUAAAGAA